AGAAACGAACCUAAGGAAACUCGAUCUUUCAUGGUUCCUGAAUUUCUCAAACUGCUUAAUGAAAAAGAUAAAUACACAAGACAAGUUCAACUUGAAUUUAAGAAUCUUUCGGAAUCUGACAAUCCUUGCCAUAGCGGAAGUGAAUACUAUAACGAAACAACAUCGUUAAUGAAACACAAUAAUCCAGCUAGUAAUACUUCUUACCAGAAUACAGCCUUAACCAUAAAAGAGAGGUGCACGUUAUUAGCGUCAGCAGUUCCACAGCCGAAUUCUAUUGACCAGUUUUGGGAGUUUGUAAACAAGAACGGAGUAGAACAUAUUAUCCUCCUUACUAAAGAAAACCAACAGGUUUCAGAAUUUUACCCAGGUAGUCAUAAACCAAUAGAAAUGAACAAGUUUAAACUUGAACUCGAUUCAUCGGAAAAGAAAAAUCAGAAUCUAUUUGUGUUUCAUUUGCAGCUGACAAAUAAGAAAACAAAAUCAAGUACUUCUGUCAAGAUUUAUGAAACAACGAAUUGGAAAGAAGAAGAUAAGCAUUUACCAUUGGAAGUCUUAUCACAGCUGCUUGAUGUGACCAGAUUGUCGAAGUCUAAAUCAUCACUCUUAAUGACCAAUGAUGAGUUAGAUAUAUGUAUGGCUGGGAUAUUAAAAGUGUGUGCAGACGUGUUCCGGGCUAUUGAUGAGAGCACAAGCUUUAGUGUUUUCCAGUUGGCCAAACAAGCCAGAAGUCAUCAUCCAAGGAUAUUCCAGGAAAUAACAGAUUAUGAACUUUGUUACCUGUUGAUACAAUACCACUUGGAGAGCAAUCAUUUAUAUGAUGCAAUUGACUAAGAAGUAAAUACACAGAUGUUUAUCAUGUACAUACUAGAAUACUAGUUUUGUCAAUGUUGAAGCUACUUUAAAUUUUUAUCAUAUAUUCAUGAUUAUUUUGUAAGAUUGCUGUCGUAUGGAUGAAUAUCCUUCAAGUUUCAUCCAAUGAUAUCACAUGUACAUAACAGCUGUAGUCAUUAUAAUAACGAAAUUUGAAAGUGCAAUGACAACAAUAACAUAAAAGAUAAUAAAUAAUAGAGAUGGGCUAUUUAAUUUUGUACAUAUAUCGUAAGUUUCUUUAAAAGUGUUUGUAGUACGAUUACUUCGACAAGAUUUGUAAAUGUUGUUUGUUUGACUCUAUUUAUAUUUAUUAUGUUCAUUGUAACUAGUUAAUUUUUUAUAUCAAUCUUUUUUUGAAGCUCAUGUAAUAGAGUUCUGGCAUUUCAAUAUAAUUUGCUGUGUCAACAACUCUAAGUUAUGAACAUGAUGAAUGUUUAAAUCCAAUAUUUUUAAUUUUAAAAUUGAACAAACAAAACCAGUUUUCGAUUGCAAAUACAAAAUUUAUUUAUAAAAAAUUUAAUCAUGACAAAGUCUAAAAUAGUGUAACUUCACUUGCGGCGAUACAAACAAGAUGAGGCGACACGUCAUGAUUUCAUAAUUUUAUAUAUUGGUGAAUUGUUUGACCCGUUUUAACCUUCAUCAUUACAAAAAAUUGCCCAAAGCUCUUGUUUUAUUAAUUACGUUUAAGUGUAUCAUUUUGCUACCACCAGUACUUUUCUGUUAUAAUUCAAAAUAAUUGACGUUGCAAUUGAACCACAUAAUGUGAUUGAGAUUAAGUAUAUCUGAUAUGUAAUAUGGAUGUCAACUCAUGGAAGUAAAACGUAUCGAGUACCAGUUUAUUUUAUUGUUUGAUUCACGAGUACUUAAUGUAAUUACUACGACACAUUAAGCCAAAUUUGUUGAUCUAUGAAAAAUGUUCACAUAUUUUCGUUGUCAGCUUAAAGGAUAUAUCCCGUGACUUCCAAACAGAAAAUUUAGAAUAAACUCACGAAAAGUGUGAAAGUUAUUUCGAUUGUGUUUCACAAGAAAAAUAAUCAUACAUGCACAUGCAAUAUGUCUAAACAGCAAACCGAAUCGUUGAGUAUCAUUUUUGCUAUUCGUUACACAGUUCUACCUGGCAAUAAACGGAUAUAUCUAAAUACUUGUAAAGAGCCAGUCUGUGAUAAAACCAUGCAAAAUGGUCCAAAUCAAAAAUAUUCCAAUCAGACUGAUAUUUUGUAUUUUAGAUACCUUAUAUGUAAUAACUAUUUGUGCAAAAUAUUUAAAAAAAAUAUUCAGCCAUUAUUUGUGUAUGCCGAACUUUCGAUAAUUGUCUAUUUCUGUACUGACAAAUGGCAAUUUCAAGCCUAUUUUAGGGUAUUUUGAUCUGAUUUUUUCUGUUUUAUAGAAAAAAUACAGCUUAAUGAUAACAAAUAUUUUAACAAACAACUUGAAAUGAAAGGAAAUUAUGAUAAUUCAAAAAGUUGUGAGAUUUCUCCAUACCCCUACUAACAGGUUGAAAUUGCAUGGUUUUGAAAAAGUGCCGAUUCAGCAAAAUUUGUAUAUUUUUAAAGGCUUGAAUC